UCAAACUUAUCAGUAUUGGUAAUAUCUUUAUACGAAUAUAAUAAAUGUCGUAACUUGAAGCAAGAUGUAGUGGAGAUACGAAUGAUCAGCAAGAGGGAUUUCUGGUCAGCUAGUAAGGCACUUACUGUACUUACGAAUAAAGGGUUUCCUUAACCUUGAACAUCGUUGAAACAAAGCAGAUACGUAAAUAAAACGAAAUAAUAUUAUGGGUUCUGCUCUCUCUCAUUGAUGUAUGGUACUUUUCGCGCCACACCUUCCCGAACGAGAUGAUAAAUCGCGGGAAUGUCGUUCGAUUGACAGAAGACCGGCAGCACCGACUGAGUCGAUAAAGCCGUUAAUGAUCAAAACAAUACAGAGCUUGUCUAGAAAGCUCAAGAAGAAUGAUAAGUACCUGAUACACGCGUGCGAAAAAGCACUUAUCUCUUCUACAAGUAAAAAGAGAAGAUGUAUGUUAUAUGGAUAUGGAAGUGAAGUAAAUGAUUAUGAAACGAGAUGGAAGAAAAUGGAACACUUUCCUCGAGGGUUGAUGACGAAAGGGAAUGCAAGAAAUGGUUCGAUUCGAUGAUUUCAAAUAAUAUCUCAUUCGUCGAUAAUAGAGGAUUUUGAAUUGCAAAUUCUUUGAUCCAUCACUGUCAGAAGAGCCGCCUCCGCCACCUCCCUAGCCUAUUGAUCGACCCCCGAGCAAGCAAGAAAACGCGAGACCAGAUGCGCCAUAACACCAACAGGCUCCCAUGAAAGAGAGACACGUUCGCUGACAGGAUUGCACGCGUAUUGUCGGGGGGUUGAAUCGUUGGGCACCAUGCCGACCCCUUGCCGGUAUUUGCCUUAAAAAACGACGUAGUACAACGAUGAUGCCCAGAGAGAGAAAGAAAGUACAUCACUUGCCGGGAUGUACUUUCUUCGAAAUUCUUCCGCGUUAUAAAUGGUUAAAGUCGAAAGCCGCUCUUUAUUUACCGAAAGGGUAAAUGAGACGAGGCUUAUUUAUUCUUGAGCGACACCUCUAUCAAGCGCCCUUUCCCGAGGAUUAUUUUUUUUAUGGAGGAAGAAGAAGGGGAGGUCUCGUUAACAGAGAACAUUGCUUAUAGGGGAAAUUAAAAAUAACGAGUCGGCGCUCGUGAGAGAUUAUCAAUGACAAUUAGUUACUAGCGUUGAAAAAUAAAUAGAUAAUCGUAGCUUAAUCAUGAUAGUAUUGCAUUGUGAUCUAGAUAAUGGCCAUGAGCAAUGUAUAUUGAUAGAGGAGCAAAAAAUAAUUGAAGGAAGGAAGAAAAGAAGAAAGUUAAACAACGAAGUAAAACGUCUAGAUACAAUAAUGAAUGUGGGAUUACAUCAUGCAAAACAAGAUAUGCAUUUUAAUGAGCAAAAUAUUCAAAAUGUAAUGCACAUGUAAUUAUAUCAAAAUUCAUAGGAGCACAGAGUACGUUGCCAUUGAGCGUUCCUGUGCGUGACUGAUGAAGAAGGAAACUGACCUUUGACAUUUUAACCAGGGGAAUCAGCUGGAUAAAACGCUUUUUCAAUAUUCUCUAAUGCAAAUCAACGAUAUUAUCAAGCGGAUGCGCGUUAUGCCAACGAAUUCGGCUUAUUUGCGAAAGAUGAAAGGGAAAGAAUGAAAUUCGUUUGUCAAAAGAAUUGCGAAAAGUUAGUGACAGACUCUCCCUGUGAGUUGGUACAAAAGCGAGCGCCAGAUCGCUCGAUGGAAGGUAAAAACCAUUUCUGCGUCUUCUUUUGUGCACCAAAGGAUAUAUAAGAGAUAUUUUAUGAAUAGGCAAGCACGAUUUAAUUCUUCUAAAAGCUUUAAAUGCCAAGGAAAAAAAAUCUAUUCGGAUCGGUGUCAUUUUUAUCGGCUAGAACGUUUCAACGGAUCAGAUGAUUCUCCGAGGUUAAGGACGAUACUCUUUAAUUUCAACGAAGAAUUUCAUUCUGAAUAUACAUGACGUUCUAUAAGAUUCUG